AUGAUCGUCUACAGAGACAUCGUCAGCGGCGACGACAUCGUCAACGACCACUUCACACUAGAACAAGACGGCUCCGUCCUGGUAACCUGCGCCUGCCGCGAACUCCCAAAGACCCCUACCAACAUAAAAGAUAUGGCCGAGGACAAUGGGUACAACGACUCGGUCACAGUCUACGACAUUGAAGAAACAUUCAAUCUAGUCCGCCACAAGCCCGAGAAAGCAGAUUUCAAAACUCGACUCAACAGUUAUUUGAAAGCCGUUGCUCGACAAAUUGCAGCCAAUGGAGCGAGCCGGGAAACACUCCGUGAGUUCCAAUCUGGGCAGGGCCCUGCCAUUAAGAAGAUUAUGGAUAAUUGGGACAAUUUCGAUGUGUUUAUGACUCCGUCUAUGGAUGUUCAAGGAAUGUAUGUUCUCAUUGGGUAUCGGGAGGAUGGAAUACCGUACGCGACGUUUUGGAAGCAUGGGCUUAAGAAAAUAGAGGGUUAG